AUGGAUAACAAUACGGAACAUGGAAAAAAGGCCAUUGCCAGUUUGUACCCUGAAAGCACCAUCUUCUUUGCGGAUCUAGUCGGGUUUACUUCCUGGUCUGCCAAGCGAACUCCCGUUGAGGUCUUCCAGUUGCUCGAAACGAUAUAUGGAGCGUUUGACAACAUUGGCUCAAGCGUGACGUAUUCAAAGUGGAAACCAUUGGAGAUUGGUGAUGAUGUCAUUCUGGCCGACACAAUGGGAGAAGAACUGCUGAUCUGG